GCUGUUUUUCAGGGACCAGACGCACUGUAGAUGCUUUAUAGCCGUUCCACACCAUUCGAUCUGACGUUUGGAAGAAAUGCGCACGCAUUCUGCGGUCGCACCGCAGUGUGGACGCACGUUAUGUAAACACUGCGAUUUGCGUGUAAACUGUUAUGUUUUGUUAUCAAAAAUACGUCUAACAUUGUUUACAAAGUUUGAACCCUUAAUUGUUAGUUGAAAACCAUUGUUGGAGUCCGUGCGUCGAGUGUUUUGAUACCAUAUAUCCGUACAGGCGGCCGUGUUGCAUCGAUUUUACCAAGUUGCUAACACUUAUAAAACUAGUUUUCCGAUAUUAAACAGUGGAGUGGCGUGAUGUGAUUGUGAAUAACGAAAAUGGAUUUUUGCCUCUGGAUCUGUUUAAGUUUUAACAGCAAACGAUACUGGAUCUAUUCGGAAUCAGAACAGAAUAUCACUAGUGUGCUAAAAUUAUUGAGUGGAGUUGGAAUCCCCGUUAAAAUCACUUUAAUGGUUUGUGGGACGUGAUCCCAUGGUGUUAUAAAUAGAAAAACGUGAGGAAGUUUCAUAACGCACCACAAAUACGCAUUCUACGGGUUACGAUUUGUUGUGAUUUAUUUAUAUACUGAUUUUCUGAAGCCCCACGCAGAAGCCGAUUAUGAUUAAUCAAAUCGGUUAAAGAUAGUACGGGAAUCCAUACGUAAAUCCUAUAUUUAUUCAAUAUGAUGUGGCCUUCGUCCCAAGCGAGCAAGAUCCUCACAUUUCUACUAUUCACUGUUGUAGUUUACUGCAUUUACAUGGACACAUUCCUGUUUUUACGGAUACAGAACUAUAAAAUUGAUAUAUUUGACCAUGAAGAGAAUGUUACCCAAGAAUCUUCCACGCAUAAAUCAGUGAAACUGCAGAAUUAUGAAGAUUUCGUUUGGAUACCUUGUAAUAUUAACCCGUUGUGUCAUCCAACCGUCAAAGCUUUAAUGAUUGACCAUAUAAAUCAUUAUAUUUAUGGACCAUUAUGUGCGAUACUAGAUAUAGGCUUAGGAAUAUCGGAAAGAAUGUUGUUUUUGACCCCCAAUAUGAUUUCUUUCUUCCAUGUAUUCAUAGCUUGUUUGGGAGCGAAGUUUUUAACGUGUCAAAGUUUAGUGGCACGUCGAUUUGCUAUAGUUUUGUUCCAAAUACGUAUGUUUUUAGAUGACUUAGACGGUCAUGUCGCUAGAGAAAGGAAACAUAUCAAAGGCGAGCGAUCAGAAGUUGGAAGUAUAGGUUAUUGGGUUGACGGAAUAUGUGACUUAAUAGGUGUAACAGCUAUGAUGAUAGGUAUAUUAUUGUAUUUAAAGAACAAUCCGCCUAGAAGAGGGUAUAAAGGCACUCCAGUUAGUACUUUACCUUAUCACCAAUUGAAGGAAAUCAAUUCGAGUGAGGAUAUUGAGAAAGAACAUACUGAUACAGGUAUAUCUUAUAAAACUAAGGUUACGUUUCAGAGAAUCGUCCAGGUUAUUGGCUUGUUUUCCGGCCAAAUGGUGCUAUCUUCGUUAGCUUGGAAUAGGUAUAUAGAUAUGUAUCAAGAUAUGUUAGAAAAUUGUACUGAAUACGACGUAUUUAGAAGAGAGAGUACGUUUAAGUCUGGGACGUUUUUCUUUGCUACUGGUUUGUGGAGAAUAGUUAAUCCUCAUAGUUAUCUUCAUUUGCUGACUCUAGCAGUCUUCUGUGAUAAGACCUGGGGAUUCUUGAAGACGGUUCACUAUAGUGGUUAUAUAUGUUUAGUUAUAACGGUAGGUGCGUCUGAGUAUUUGGUUGAAAAUAUUCGAUCGUUUGUCGUCAAUGGUUGAAAUGUUACAUUUCGCUAACCGGUCUUGCCAUUUUCGGGUCCGAGAGACGAUUCGACGAGUCGAGUUUGGAGUUUGGAUUUCUUUUAAA